UCUUGUAGUGGGAGAGAACGCUCCAUUCUAUGAGCUGGGCAGGUAUAAAGGACUUGAGGUUGUCUCAUACACGCUCAGUGUGUGUUUCGUUACUCGUCCCGCUUCGUGGGAAGUUGAUUCACCGCGUGUCUUAUCUCUGCCGAGAGAGGUGCGUUCAUUCUACCCCGUUCAACCUGUUUUGUGACGUCUUUCUCGGGUGUCUGGUAAAUUGAGGAAACAAGUCGUCGCGCCAUGAGGCCCUUGGGGACAACGGGUUCGCAUCUACAAGGGACGCGACAUGAAUUCGACAGACCCUGAAUCUGAUCACAAGCCGCUCAAAGAAUUACGGUACGACGUAUACGAUUGUGAAAAGAGGACGUCGAGCCGCACGCCAUAUCCUUGCCUUUGAAAAGGUCGUCCUUGACGAUCCGUCGUUUCUCGCAAGGGUCUGAGUAAAUAGAAGCUAUUAUUUGAGGGGGAUCGACCGACUCGCUGCACCAAUAAAACAGAAACGGAAGUAAAAGUAGGAGACUUUCAUCGCAGAAGCAGAUGUGAAGUACUUUCUGCUUGAAAGUAACUCAAAGAAAUUCAACGAAAUACUUCAGGACGCGUUCGACAAAUAGUUGAUAUGACCACGAUGGCUGGCAGUGAGUACACAUCUGUAAAGGACUUCUACAGAGACAGAUCGAUUUUUAUAACUGGAGCAACAGGUUUCAUGGGCAAGGUUCUCGUCGAGAAGCUGCUGAGAUCGUGUCCGGACAUCAAAAACAUCUAUCUUCUAAUGAGACCUAAAAAGAGUCAGAACGUACAAGAGAGGUUGCAGGAACUUUUAAACGGACCGCUUUUUGAGAAAUUACGACGGGAUUCUCCUGGCGAGCUUUCCAAGAUUGUACCCGUAGCUGGCGACAUUACGGAACCAGAGUUGGGCAUCUCGGCAGAUGAUCAAAAUAUGUUAAUACGAUCCGUAUCGAUCGUUUUCCAUUCGGCAGCCACGGUCAAAUUCGACGAGGCUCUGAAGCUUUCGGUCACCAUAAAUAUGUUGGGCACCAAAAGAUUGGUUCAAUUAUGCAACCGCAUGCACAAUGUGGAGGCGUUCGUUCACGUGUCAACGGCGUAUUGCAAUUGUGAUCGCAACGACGUCGCCGAGGAAAUUUACCCGGUUGGUCGUGAACCCGAUCAAGUAAUCGCUCUGACAGAAUGGAUGGAUGACAAAAUGUUCGAGGAGUUGACGCCAAAUCUGAUCGCCAGCCGACCAAAUACGUACACAUUUACUAAAGCAUUGGCUGAGCGGAUGCUCCAGCGAGAAAGGGGUUCUCUACCGGUAGCGAUUGUCAGGCCAUCGAUUGUACUGUCAUCGUACAGAGAACCAGUCGCCGGCUGGGUGGAUAAUUGCAACGGCCCCACGGGGAUUAUCGCCGCCGCCGGAAAAGGCUUCUUCAGAACUAUGCUGUGCCACGAGGACAAAGUGGCAGAUCUGGUGCCCGUCGACAUUGUGAUCAAUCUAAUGAUCUGCGCGGCAUGGAGGACCGCCACGCAACGCAUCGUCACCAUCCCAAUUUACAACUGUUGCACCGGUCAGCAAAACCCUAUAACUUGGAAGCAGUUCGUCGACCUGUCGUUCCAAUAUUGUCGGCUACACCCAGCAAAAGAUGCGAUCUGGUAUCCGGACGGUCGCUGCCACAGCUCCGCCUUGUUAAACAAAUUGUGCGUGGUAUUUCAGCACAUGCUACCUGCGUAUAUCUUAGAUACUCUCGCUCGACUCAAGGGCUCGCGGCCUAUAAUGGUCCGCGUACAGAGGAAACUUUCCAAAGCCGCCAACUGUUUGGAGUACUUCAGUACGAAACAGUGGAAUUUUAGGGACGACAAUGUGCGACGACUGGGUGAGCAACUCAGUCCAGAGGAUCGAGAAACGUUCAUGUUCGACGUUAGGCAAAUCGACUGGCCGUCAUAUUUGGAGCAUUACAUUCUGGGAAUACGACAGUUUAUCCUGAAAGAGAGCCCGGACACACUGCCAGCUGCUCGUUCAUACAUCACAAAAUUGUACUGGCUUCACAAGGCCGUGCAACUCGGGGUACUGAUAAUAAUGCUACGCGUUCUGCUGUUACGCAGCUCCACAGCGCGAGGAGCUUUCUUUUCGCUGCUGUCCAUCGUACUUCGCAUGUGCCGCUUGAUUGUUUGACGGCUCAGAACGGGCCCGGUCGAUGAUCGCGAUCAACGUAAUGCAAGGCGGCCAUUAUCCAGCGGCCGUUAUUUAAAGGUGCGAUUUGUUCUUCGACCUCGUUGCUCAGCCUCCUCGACGAUAAAGCGCUACCUACACACCCAUCGAUUGGCCUUUUCGAUGUUGGUGACCAUCGAAAAGUAACAACGCCGGUUCAAUCAAAUACUUGAUUCUCGAAAGGGUGAUCUGUUACCGAUCCGAUUGAAGACAAGAAUUCUACGACGGAACUAUCUGCCCGCGACUAUAUAAGUAUGCUCCAAACACACUUUGCAUAUAUUACAAUAAUUAUUAUUACAUUACCGAUGUUAUUCCUUGUUGCCCCCCGUGCAAAUCAUCGCGAUCGUCACGAAAGUUGCCGGUCGUCGAGUUUCUAUAUAGCGACGUAAUCGUCAUUACGUGUUCCAUUACGCUAGAAUAAAAAUAAACGCGCAUCACCAUAAUUAUUGCGUUAGUCAUCGUACAUCAAUAUACUUUGCACAACGUCAAUUUCUAAUGAAUAAAAGGAGCCAGGCACACACAUACACACACAUGCAUACACACCCUCUCGUGUUGCUAACGCGAGCUCGUUUUUAGUCUAGCUAGUCGGUUUUCGAGAUAUGGUAAGACGCUCGCGAGUAACCAUUGUUCUCACAAUACACGGCGGCAUCAUGAAAGGAGCUGUCGUGCCUUUGUACUGUCGAUGUCUGAUAUUAUAUUUUUUUCUUUUUACUCUGUGACGUAAGAUACGUAGAUAGAUAUUUUACUACGAUCGCAUGAUAACUCGCGUAUAGAGGCAAGAAAAUCGCCAUUAACUUAGAAAUAACACGUAAAAAUGAUGCCGCAUGAUAAAUCCGUCAGUCCGAACAAGUGCAACAACAAGUAUGUUAUGCAAUGUUAUGACAACAAAUGUGUGUACAGCUUUUUUUUUUAAGAACUGCCAUUGAUACACAAAAAUCUCUUAUUGUUAGCCAUAAACGUGUCUUGUCCAGAACAAGAGACCAACAUCCUUACGAAACUUGUCUCGAAACAAGCUACUGCGCUACAGUUUACAGUCUUCUUUAAUGAAAUAUCUCUAUAUGUAUCUUACACGUCUUAUUGUCAUAGGCUCAACAUUUGACGAGUUUUAAAGGCAUUGGCAAUUCAUUGAAUUAUCUUGUUAAAAAUCAGAUCGAUCAACUUGAUAUGCGAUAGAAAUAAAAAUACCAGACUCACGCAAAGUCCAAAUUAGAAUUAUGCUAAUAAGCUAGUAGAUUCGAGCAAGUAGAUCAAUUGCAUUCGUAUCAAGCUUCGCCAGCCUCGCUAUCACAUUAUGACAUGAUCUGAUAACGGAAAUCGAAUCAUUUAAAUCGCUAAGAAGCGGCGGAUCCUUAGUUUCUGCAGCUAAUCUGCCAUCGCAUUCUGUUUACGGAUUCCGUUGGGCAGGCAAAAACUUGUAGCAGUAACUUUAUAAUCUAUCCACUUUCGAUAGAUUUGAUCGUCUGGAUUUUUGAAAGCACGCUUUUAUCAGAUUUAAAAAUACGUGCGAAUAUAUCUACGAACUGAUAAUUCAUUGUUGCCAUGUCUUUAAGAUGACGAUGAUAUACGAAAGCUUUGUUAUAUUCAUUCAAUUAGCUAUUUGUAUCGACCAUCACUUUGCGUAAAAUAAUUUAUCAAAUCGGAGCGGGCUUCCCCUUCUGUUUUACGAUCAAUCGAUGAAACGCUGUCGUGCUUCGAGAAUGAGAGAUACAUUUGAAAAUAGAUAAGCAUAAAUGUAAACGGGAAUAUCCGUGUUAAUUAACAACGUAAGAAAAAAAAACGACAAAUAAUCUUAAUUCUACGCCAAGGAGUAAAAGAGGGGUAGUGCUACGAAGGUCACCUUCUACUAGUCUCGUCUGUAUUGUUACUCGGUUACACAGUGCAUAAAAACAAUAUUUAAUAUGUAUAAUUAAUUUAAUUAAUAUUAUACUAUGCUACUAUACAAAUUACAUUAAAAUUGAUGAAUCAUUACAA